CUCGUCGUUCCUGGUGAUUCCCCAAAAAAAAUGGGAAUUUUUUUGUGAUGUUUUCCUUGUUUUUUUAAUGCUUUCCCAGGAAUUAAAACAAAAUGAGGACCCGGAAAAAUCCCUGCCCGGGAGACAAAGUUUGGCCGGAAAAACACAAAUCCCAGGAAUCCGAGCGGGAAACGGCGGCUCCGGAAGAUCCCGACGGCUCCCAAAUCAACGGGAUCUGCCCCGAGGAAUCCGAGGAAUUCAAGGCAGAUCCCAAGAAAUCCCGGAACGGCAAGAAACAGCGGAAAAGGAAACGCUCGCCCAAGGCCAAAAGCGGCGGCGAUUCCCAGCUGGAAUUCCUGUUGGGAAUGUCGGCCGAGCGCGUGUGGUUCGACAAACCCUUGUACGACCGGGCCGAGAGCGUCUACCGGAAAAAACUCACGGAUUCCUGGAGCGGGGAAGCGCCGGAGAGUCGGCGGAUCCCGGAGGAAUUCCCGGCGCCUCCGGGGACGAAAUCCGGCCCGGAUAUUCCCAAAUCCAAGGGAAUCUGCUCCCACGGGAAUUUGGCCGCCUGUCACCACGUUCUCCAAGGGGUUUGGCUCAACAAGCCGGAUUUCGAUCGAGCCGAGGGGAAAUUCAUGGAGAAAUCCCGGUUUUUCCUCCCUCCCGACGUCUUGAGCGUCCCGGCCCGGAAUUCCGGGCUGGGAACGCCGGACGAAGGUUACGGCACCGCCCUUCCCACCCCGGCCACGCCCUGCUUGGCUCCGCUUCUUCCCGACUCCGGCGUUCCCGGCGUUCCGGAUGAGCGGCCGCCGGUGAACGGCAAGCCGCAGUUUUCCAACCGGGAAGCGCUGGCGUCGGAAGUGUGGCUGGAAAAGCCCCGCUACGACGCCGCCGAGAAGAACUUCUACGAGAGGAUGUUCGCCGGGAAUAUCCCGGAGAAGAACCGGAAAGCCGGGAAUCGAUCAGGAAGCGGCGCCGAGCCGGCGAUUCCCGGCGUUCCCGGGGAUAUUCCGGCCUGUUUUUUCCUGCACCGGGACAGCGAAGCCGGGUGGCUCCACAAGUCGUCCUACGACCGAGCCGAGUCCCGGUUCUUCGCCCUGGAAGCUUCCAGAGCCUCGGGGAUUCGGGAAUCUCCGGAAAAUCCGCCCGGCCCGGCUCCGGCAACGAAGAAAAUGGCCCUGGAUCAUUUCCUGCACGACAAGGUCUGGCUGGACAAGCACAAGUACGACGACGCCGAGCGCAGGUUCUACGAGCGCCUCAACGGCCCCCGCGGGGGCUCCACCCGCUCCCAGGAGAACGGAGCCAGCACGAUCCUGCGGGACAUCGCCAGAGCCAGGGAGAACAUCCAGAAAUCCCUGGAAGGGCAGAAGACUCCUCCUCCUCCUUCUCCUCCUCCUCCUGCUCCUGCUCCUCCCGCUCGGAGCCGGGACGUUCCCUGUGGCCGUGCCCGGAAGCAGCCGGGACGCUCCUCCAGCGGCGGCGCCUCCGGAGGCGCCGGCGACCAGAACGAGCUCCUGGCCCGGAUUUCCCACCUGGAGGUGGAAAACCAAAACCUCCGCAGCGUGGUCUCCGACCUGCAGAUGGCCAUCUUCAAGCUGGAGAGCCGCCUGAACGCCCUGGAAAAAUCCUCCUCCGGCUCCCACCAGCCCGUCCCUCCCACCCAGGUGAGCCUCGGGAACGCGGCGGGAUCCCCUCUGGGAAUGGAACUCCGGAGGGAUCGACGAUCCGGGUGGUCAAAUAGCCCGGUUUGGAUCCCGUUCUCCCCCAAAAUCCCACCAAGUGGGGCUUGAGCAUUCCCAUUCCUG